AUGGGCCCAUUCAUUGCCUACUUUCCAAGUUGGGUCAAGUUUCAUGAACUCUUCCGAUUUGAUGCGUAUCUGCAUCCCUUUGACUUCAUUUCCAAGAACUACCAAAGGGAUCUUCAGGUCUCUGCACAGGUUUUCGCCAUCAAUGGCGUCAAUUGGGAGGACAGAUUCGAAGCACUCAAGGCAUUCGCUAUCCCAUUCGCGUUCCUUAAUCCGCCCAUGCAGGAGGGCUCUACUCUCGGUGAGCCUUUUCUGCCAUUGAACGAGCUCUCUCUGCCAGGAGUUCAUCAGCUGAUGGGAUUGGGGUCAAUCUGGACUAUUGGGCCAUCUCAUAUUCCUGCCCAGCAUGGCCUUCUUUGUGCCAAAUACGACUUGCAUACGAUCGUCCCGGAAGAGGGUUCUAACGCCUGGUCAAUGAGGCAUGUGGCACGAAGAGAGCCAAACGUCAAAGCCAAUUUCUCUGUUGAGCCUAAUUCAGUUCUCACGACUCCGUAUUCAUCUUUAAAGCGAAAGAUGCAGGAGGAGCUCUAUGACCCCAUUUCGAAGAAGAUGAAAUCAGCGUCUAAAGUCAGCCUGGAAAUGGGCUCAUUCUCGGUGGAAGUUGCGGGGCGAUACAUGAGUGUCGUCCAUAAUGAAGUCUUCCGAAUCGCAGGGAGAGCAGGCCUCAUCAACCCCGCCGACUUCGACGUGGGAUCAGAUGGGGUCAUUGGCCUGUCGGAACAUGCCUUGCAAAAGGUAUAUUCACGCGACGAGGCCAACACCUUAGCCUCGGAGAAGCCAGGGACUUACUCUGCCGACUUGAUGCAGCACAGUACGCCAACUAUUCAACGGGAGAGCCCGCUGAAGUGA